UAACCCAACCGCCACGUAAACGCGACCCAACCUCUAUAUGCGCGCUCUAGAGCUGAUUUUAUGACUCGGUUAACUCGCCUGCUUACCCCACUCAACUCGGCCGGGUCACUCACUUCGACCUCCUCCUUCAGCUUCGCCACUAGAGUCUUAGGACACUCUGCUUCUCUCCGUCGUGCCAGCUCGUAUACCCAAAAUUACUUCUCUGUCAUUGCCCCCGGCAGCCGGAAACCCCACUCUCCCCAUCCGCCGAUGGACCCCCACGCGCCCCCAGCCGAAGGCGAGGACUUCGUCCACAUCGAGAACCCUAUCGUUGACGAGAACUUGAGUGAGAGCAUCGUUCAUGUCGAGGAGCCGCCGCCGAGAGACGAUGAUGCAUUUGAUGGGGACGUUUCCGCAAGUAACGAAGCCGAUACCUCGGAGCAGAGGAGGAUACUUCCAGAGGAGCUCUCGAGAAGCGUGCUGCUUCUUUCUUGCGAUUCUGCCGCCGAGGGUGGUGUCUGCGACGUCUACCUGGUUGGCACCGCUCACGUGUCUCAGGAAUCAUGCAAAGAAGUACAAGCUGUAAUCAGUUAUAUGAAACCACAGGUUGUUUUCUUAGAACUAUGCUCGAGCCGUGUGGCAGUACUUACCCCUCAGAAUAUAAAGGUACCAACCAUGGGAGAGAUGGUAGACAUGUGGAAGAAAAAGCACAACAUAUUCGGAAUACUUUACAGCUGGUUUCUUGCCAAGGUUGCCAGUAAGCUAGAGGUUUUCCCUGGUUCUGAGUUUCGUGUGGCAUAUGAAGAAGCAAUGAAAUAUGGGGGCAGGGUGAUUCUGGGGGACCGUCCGGUACAGAUUACAUUGCGGAGGACUUGGGCAAAAAUGCCAUUGUGGCAUAAGAUAAAACUACUCUACUCCUUACUUUUUCAAGCAGUAUUUUUACCAAGCCCCGAGGAUCUUAAUAGAAUGCUAAAGGAAAUGGAUGAUGUUGACAUGCUGACUCUUGUGAUUCAAGAAAUGAGCAAGGAGUUCCCUACCCUAAUGGAGACCCUUGUACAUGAGCGAGAUCAGUACAUGUCAUCCACAUUACUAAGAAUUGCUAGUGAGCAUAGUUCAGUUGUAGCAGUUGUUGGGAAGGGACAUCUGCAAGGAAUCAAGAAGAAUUGGAAGCAGCCUGUUGGGGUGAAGGAUCUGAUAACAAUGCCUUCUCAAAAAUCAGCUAUAUCUACAGCGAAAAUCAUCACAUCUCUUGGAGUUGCAGUUGCUGGGGUGGGCAUAGUUGUGGGCAUCUAUCUUACGAUGAAGAAAUAGUUCCACCAACCAGUGGUGCUUCCUUGCAGAUAUGGUUGGAAGUGGGAAAUUGCCUAAUAAUCAUGAAUUGAAGUUAUCUUUACUUCGUUAGGGUGAUCUCACUCUUCCAUGCGAACUUCGGCGGGGGAGAAUUAUCUUGAUGACAUGGCUAUAGUGACAUUUUUUUUUUUUGGUUAAUUUGGCAGCCCAAACUUGUCCAAAAUCUCAAGUUCUUUCUAUUUUGAUACGAAAUAAGACGCAUAAUAUGCCUACAAGGUAUCUAUGUUCAUGUAAGUAAUUAAUUCAAGGUGUUUGGUGCCUAGGAAAAAAGAAAUUUCGGUUGCUUUUUCAA